ACUUCCCUCGUGUGAGCAGUGUGCACUGCGCAGGGCUUUGUGUUCAACUACAGUACCCACACUCACUGUGGAGCGGCUGUGAUCCGCGGAUAGCUCACCACUGCUGUUCUCUCCUGAGUCUAGCGCUCUCUCCUUUUUAGCGGAUUGGCAAAACAGGGUAGGAUUACUUGAAGGAAUACAAAAACAUAAGCAAAAAUGGCAGAGCUUGGAGCGGGGAGCCUGCUAACAGGAGAUCCUGCUUUUAAUUAUCAAGAGCAUGAGCUAAACGAGCGUUUGAAGCGGCUGUACCCGGCCGUGAAUGAGGAAGAGACCCCCUUACCCCGAUCUUGGAGCCCCAAGGAUAAGUACAGCUACAUCGGGCUCUCACAGAAUAACCUGCGGGUGCAUUACAAAGGCCACGGAAAAAACCACAAAGAUGCAGCAUCUGUACGGGCCAUCCAUCCUAUUCCUGCCGCUUGUGGCAUCUACUACUUUGAGGUAAAGAUCGUAAGCAAAGGAAGGGAUGGGUACAUGGGAAUUGGACUUUCUGCCCAGGGGGUCAACAUGAACAGACUGCCUGGUUGGGACAAGCACUCCUAUGGUUAUCAUGGUGACGACGGACACUCCUUUUGCUCCUCAGGGACUGGCCAACCAUAUGGCCCAACCUUCACAACGGGCGACGUCAUUGGCUGCUGCGUGAACCUCAUCAAUAACACAUGCUUUUACACCAAGAAUGGGCAGAGUUUAGGUGUGGCUUUCACAGAUCUCCCACCUAACCUGUACCCCACAGUAGGGCUACAGACUCCAGGAGAGAUAGUAGAUGCUAAUUUUGGCCAACAGCCUUUUGUGUUUGACAUUGAGGACUACAUGAGUGAAUGGAGGGCCAAGAUCCACAGCAUGAUCGCCCGCUUCCCCAUCGGAGAAAGACUGGGAGACUGGCAGGCGGUUCUGCAGAAUAUGGUAUCCAGCUACCUAGUGCAUCAUGGGUAUUGUGCCACAGCAAUGGCCUUUGCCGGAGCCACAGAGACAAUGAUCCAAGAGGACCAAACCUCUAUAAAAAACAGACAGAGUAUACAGAAGCUGGUACUGGCAGGACGUGUUGGAGAAGCCAUUGACACAACACAGCAGUUGUACCCCGGACUCCUAGAACACAAUCCCAAUUUACUCUUCAUGUUGAAGUGUCGGCAGUUUGUGGAGAUGGUGAAUGGUACAGAUAGUGAGGUACGGUGCUUUAGUGUCCGCUCUCCUAAAUCACAGGACAGCUAUCCUGACUCCCCCAACGUGAGCCCGCGGCACGGAGCCACCAACGCUCACUUGCACAACACAGGAGCAGACAGUCCCACAUGCAGUAAUGGGGUCACCCCUAAUAACAAAAAUAAGAGCCACAACAAAUACACAGGUGUAAGCUCCGCCUCCUCCUCUCCAUCCUCCUCUCCUUCCUCUGUCAAUUACUCAGAGUCCAACUCCACCGACUCCACUAAGUCCCAGCCCCACAGUGCCACCAGCAACCAGGAGACUAGGUCUGUGUUGUUGUUUGGUGAUAGUGAGAUGGAAAUUGAGGCAGAGCAUUACAGUAAUGGCGUGACAGAAAGCUCAACCCGCAUUAUGAAUGGCACAUACAAACACCAGGAAAUCCUGCAGGUGGAUGACAACAGUGUUGGCAAUGGAGUAGCAGAUGACAGCUGCAGCUCAAGACAGCUGUGUGGAGGAAACCAGGCGGCCACGGAGAGAAUGAUCCAGUUUGGCAGAGAGCUUCAGGCCCUCAGUGAGCAGCUCUGCCGCCAAUAUGGCAAAAACGCCACUCACAAAAAGAUGCUGCAGGAUGCAUUCAGUCUGCUGGCAUAUUCAGACCCCUGGAACUGCCCCGUGGGCCAGCAGUUGGACCCCAUGCAAAGAGAGGCGAUCUGCUCCGCUCUCAACAGUGCAAUUCUGGAGUCUCAGAAUCUGCCCAAACAGCCUCCACUCAUGCUGGCUCUGGGUCAGGCCACCGAGUGCGUGCAGCUGAUGGCCAGGGUUCGCUCUGGUUCCUGCUCCUUCGCCAGAGUCGACAACUUUUUGCACUAGCACCAGUCCAGACAAGAGCACCAAUGCAGUGUUCGGGACAGCUAAAAGGAGGACUUCCCAGUUGGUUGCCAUGAGGAGAACAUGCGUUUGAAUUGGUGUGUCGCUUGCCGUUUGCCAGAAGCAACCGAGCAGAAUGAAUAGAAACAUGAGAAGAGAGGCUUCUUUUUAAUUUAGUAUUAUCAAAUACAAAUUGUGUGACACUAUUUAAGGAUAAUUAAUUAUUCUGUUUAUCUAGUCAUUUUUAUUUUAGUUUAUAUUUUGUCCGUUUGUUGUGCUCAUCCUGAAACAAAUCAACUUCCCAAACUAAUUUUUUUUUAAAUGGGUGAAUUCAGUGCAUAGUUUUUCAAGCAUAUCAUAUCAACAAUACACAUAAUGGUUAAGUUCCUACUGAAAAUUUGAGCUACGCACUCUUUUUUGGUUUUUCACAGUCAGAGCUCAGGUAUUUAGACAAAUGUUCUUUUGUCGUCAGUGUGGGAUGUUUGCGGACACAGGUGUCGCUUCACCAGAUCAAAAUGUGGGUUUUUAAGCCGGUCCUUUUUUAUGUAAAAGCCAAUUCUAUAGGUUUUUUUUUAAAUAUGGUUAACUUUAACAGCCCCUUUAGGAAGCAAAUGGACGUCGGUGUUGCAAAUAUGUGAAUUAGGCGUGACUUUACCAUGUUUUUGUGAGAGAAGGGGAGAUAAAUCAUGGCUCCUAGCAUCUUUUAAGCUACUUUAGUAUCUCAGGCACCAGCGCGAGUUUCAUUAGACACAAUCACACAUUGACGACGCAGACUUGCCUUUGGGUCCAAUGUAGAUGACUUCUAUUUUCAACCAUGCCCUAAAAAUAAAUCUAUUUUACCACUAUUUUACCAUCUUUAUAUCAUGCAAAUGUCAACCGUCACUUUUUUUAAGUUUUAAGUUAGGUAUAUUGAAGUUAACAAGUGGUUUUCCGAUUUUAGUGGCUGUACCAAAUAAAAAACGCAACGUUUUUGACAAAAGAAAAUUAAGGUCAGUUGUUUGAUUACUGAGAAGCUCCACUGAAGUUUGCAGACUAACUUCGUAUUACUGUUUUAUACCCAUGUGAAUAGUGUCACUGUGUUGAUAGUUCUCCUGUUAGAUUAAUAACUACAAACUGACACCGUUUCAACUUCUGUUGUUGGUUGUUUCAUUGGCUGUUGAGUACUGUUGUUCAAGUUUCUUACCAUUGGAUGCACUGUACUUCAAUGAAUGCACACGAUGCAUUACUGUAUCUGUCUACCUCUCCUGUUCAGUAAUGGAGGGACAGAGUAUGAACUUGCAGCAUGCAAGACAAUUGACUGACCCAGCGUUCCUGCAAAUGAACAGAGGAAAUAAGUAUUUAUUUAGCGCCUAGAACAUCUCCUUAAAUUGCAAUCAUCUUUGUUGCUCCAGAACUCAUAUCAGUGCAGUUGUUUUGGUCUUUCCCUCCUUUAGCGGUCUUUUAUGUUUUGGCCUUUGUACAUGUGAUGUUAACUGGCUCAGGCACUUAACACUCUUUAUUUCCCAUUAGCAGCUUGUGUUUCUUUUUUCUGUCUUUUAAUUUGGUCAUCCAUGAAGGAAGAAUUAUAACUCGAUCCCAUGUCAACCCAGCGUUUUGCUUGCCAGCAUGCCGCCGUAGUGUGGAAUGUAGCUUAGCCGAUUUAAUUUCCCACAUUUUUUUUGCUGCUGGCCAUCAUGAGAUUGUUACAUUCCUGUAUCUACACCUGCUUUAGUUCAUGUAUACCUCAUUUACUCUUAGGACAGUGCUGUCUAGCUUGUUGUAUCACGACAGGCGUUUUAGCAAGGUAUGUGUAGUGCAGGUUGACCUGGAAGAAGUCAGAGGUCACAGGGUCACUGAAAGGUUGCACAUGUUCCUCAAUAGCUAAAAUAAACUAGGCCUUCCCAACUCUGGAGUUACAUAAUGAAAAUCACAGAUUACACUGUUUGGAGCCCCAUCAUUUGUUUUUAGCAGUGUUUAUGUGGCGGUCUGAUUGUGUGGGGUGGGGAUUUCACACAUCCUGAUCCCAAACAAUCUUGUUUUUACUGUUUUACUCCGCUAAAUGGGUUAAUUUGGUUGUUAAAUGGUGGUAUAAUGUUGCAUGGGGAAAUCUUGUGUAACUUUUUACUUAUGUUUGAGUUACAAAAUGGCAGUUUAUAUAGAAGCGCUCAUACUUCUACUGACAUGUACAGUACGUUGGAGAUCUUUUGUCAUGGGGCGGCUUUUAAAUGCCAAAUAUGUUUUGGAACUCAUCAUAAUCUAACCACCUGUAAUGAAUAUUGUCAUUUUAAAAUGAUCCAUCAUAGAACUUCUUAUUGGCUUUAAAUAGGGACCUACGUACAUAUAUGGAAGGGAAGAAAGUAGCCAAAAUCUUUGUCGAGAUCAUUUUAGUCAUGUGGUGAUGUUCCUGCCUCCAAAGACAGUGGAGCAGGAUGAAUGGAAUGGAGUACAGCAAGCUGUGCAGAAUUUAUUUACUUAUUAUGAUUUUAAUUUUAUUUGAGUUUUCUUUUAGCAAUUGUGAAAUGGGUUACCCUCUACAUAGCAUGAACCUUUAAAAAAACUUUAAAACAACAAAAAAAAGAAAAACGAUUAAAAAAAGAAAAUAAAAAAAGAGAGAGUCAUACCUAUGUACUGGAAACAUGAUAAAGAAAUAUUGUACUCAUUUAAUUUUGACAGAAUUAUUUUUAUUAAAAUACACAUCCAUGAGCAAA